GAUGCAGCCGGGCUCACCUCCAUAGACAUGAUGACAUUUGUAAGUCUGAGCCAGUCAAGUUUCUGCAGCGUUGAUAAGGAGGAAAUCGAAGACACUCCGCACACAAACAGUCAGCCUUGUGGCAGCUAGAUUGAGACAAGGAGCUAGAAUGGCAAAAAAAAGCUAUCAGGCUACAUCCAGGUGAAACGAGACAAUGAAUUACAUGCUCAACUUCCUGCCAAUCCACAGAUCACACCAACUUUUAAAGACAGUCUGGGAGAUAAGCUCUUUUUCCUGGACUGGUUCAAUCUCUGAAGGAGUGCUGUCCGCCUCCAGAGGAUGGCUGCGCCGAUUCUUGCUGAUAAAGCUAGUGACGGUGCUGCUGUUCCCCCACGGAGCAGGCAUCCCCCUGCUGGUGGUCUGCUUGUUGAGCCUGCGGGCUCUGUUGCUGCUCCGCUCCCCUCACAUCUCCACCAAACCCUCCACUGUGCUCCUGGGCCAGCUGGCUCUGUCCGACAGCCUGGUUCUGCUCCAGUGGAUGCUUUGGCUGGGGGCGACACUGGCCUGGUGGAUGGAGGAUGUGGGCUGUGAGGUUGAGAUGGGCCUCAUGAAGAAUGGGGGAUCAAUCUGGUGGAGGGAGGCUGUGAGCGUGCUCUGUCAGCAGCUGCUUGACACUCACCACCUGGCCUCUCUGCUCCUGCUGGGGCUGCUGGGGCUGGAGGCUACACUGGUGUCACGUUGGCCUCAGCAGACUCGGAAUUUCAGGACUUCUCACACGGCUCAGCUCAGCUGCAGCCUGGUCUGGAUACUUGUGCUCCUAGAACUCAUGCUAUCACUACACUCAAAGCUUUUGCAGGACCCCAGACCUCAGACUUACUCCUCAGAACUACAAGACCCUCAGACUUUACAUGUGGGUUUGGUGCCUCCUCCCUCCCUGCCUGCUUUCUCCCCCUGCCUGAGGAGGACAUUAUGGCUGGUGAAUUUAUGGCUGCAUUAUGCCGUCUUCAACAGUAAAACACAGAGGAGAAAGAGCUCCUUCAAUUAAAAAUGUAAUUUAAAUAGAUACUGUGAAUUGUGUCUUUAUGCGGUAUUUUCAACCAAGUGCUUCCACAGUUUACACUUGAGAACUUGAUCUCGUGCUUUAACAGUGAGAGAUUAUCAUCUGUUUCAUAUUACAAACACACUCUCUCCACUGUUUGAUCUGGCAGACAGCCCAGGGAAGGCUGCUAAAAUAAAAUAUAACUGCAAUGAACAACUGUUUGCGGAAUUAAAUAGCAACACAGCAACAUCUUAAGUAGAAUUCUAUGUAAUUCUGCUGCUCACGGUCUCUAAUGCAUUAAAAAUGUGUUCUGUUUGUAUAUUGUGUCUUUCUUGAUGACCAGGUGUUGACAUAUUCGCAAAUGUCCGUUUACAUUUUUUUUGCAGCAUAUCAUU